GUUUCAAAAAACCCAAACCCGCGGUGACUAGCGAUUUAACCCGUUUUCUGACGGACCGGGCCCAUCUGUCAGCCCACGUGGCCACGCGCGCUCACGGCGCGGCCGUUAACGGCCGUUAGCCGACCGGCCCGGUCGGAACUGGGUUAAAUAACCGCUCGGUCGGUCGGGCGCUCUCGUGCUCGCUCGCUCACUCCCCUGCUCUCACUCCUCUGCUCCAGUACGAGCUCGCCGCCGCUCGCCGUCUUCGAGGCCGGUGGCCGUCGACCUCCUUGCCGCAAUGCCUUCCUGGAACGACGAGGAAACCAGCUCGGAGGAGGAGUGCGAGGUUGUCAGCAUGGACAUGGGACUUAUGGAGGAACCAGACACCACUGUGGAGCCCCUUUUCUGUGGCCAACUUGAGCUUGCUCAUCCCAAGUGCAUUCUGCACCAACUGAGGCCUAUUAAGCGUGUUGCUUUUGAAGGGCCUGUAACAGGAAGGCGUUUCUAUGGCUGCCCAGUCCAGGAAAAUGGUGUGAAUUGUGGUGUUGUAGAGUGGGUUGAUGGGCCUUGGCCAACUGUUCUUCAGAGAUGUUUGUGCAAACUAUGGGAGAUGUUCCAUGAGCAGAACUUUGGAAGGGUACAGGACAAGGAGAAGUUUGAGAAGGAGUUGGCCAGGCUUAAGAGUGAACAUGAAAGGGAGUUGGCCAAGCUUAGGACUGAAAAUGACAAGCUUUGCAUUGAGUACACCAAGCUUGUUGAUGAUGUAUCCAAGAUGUUUGAUUGGCAGGAUGGUAGGGUGGACAAGAAGGUGUACCAGAAACAAGUGGAGGAGGAAGAACUUGAGAAGAAGAAGGAGUAG